CACACCUGUCUGGCCUUGGUGUGAGCGCACAGCUCUUCGUUUCGUUCCUCUGUCAUCGGUUCGGUGUUUGUGGCUGUACCGGCUCCGGUUCUCCUCGCUGAACAGCAGCAUGGUGACCUCCUUUCUGCUCCUCCUCCUCCUUCUGCACGCGGCCGCCGCGGACGACUGUCGCGGCCGCUUCCGCGCCGGUCCGCAGGACUUUGUCCUGGACGCGGAGGACGCGGUGACGAGCGGCGCGCUCUUCUUGUUCUCCAGUCCGGUUCAGUCCGCGACCGACUGUGAGAAGAUGUGCUGCGCGGAGAAGAACUGCAACCUGGCGCUGCUGGAGUCUGACCAGGACCAUCCGAACCGAACCUGCAGCCUGUUCAACUGUCUCUAUAGAAACCAGUUCGUGUGCAGGUUCGUCAACAAGGCUGGUUUCACCACCUACAUCCGGGCCUCUGUGUUCCAGAAAUACCUGCAGGGACCCAGUAAGUUGGCUCCGCCCAUCGCCAAUGCUGGCUGGAACGUGGUGGUCCAGCCCGGCGUGGUGGUGACUUUAAAUGGCAGCGAGAGCUUGGCACUGGGUGAUGCUCACAUCACUGACUACCACUGGAGUGAGUUGACCAGACUCACUGGCGUGAAGAUGGAGACGACGGACUUACCUGACCAGGUGCGCGUGUCCAACCUGCAGCCCGGCUUAAACGUCUUCCAGCUGACCGUCACCGACUCCAAAGGCCAGUCGGGCUCGGCGAGGGUCAACGUGCACGUUCUCGGCCCCGAGCAGAGCGCCUUGUUCUGUCUGGCUCCGGUCAAGGUCGGCCCGUGUCGAGCGGCGUUUACUCGGUGGUGGUUCAACGCUGCCACUGGGAGCUGUGAGCACUUUGUGUUCGGAGGCUGUAAACAGAACCACAACAACUUCCUGUCCGAUGAGGACUGUUUAUCAGCAUGCAGCGGCGUGACAGUGACCUCAGAAAGGAGCAUGAGCCUGCCCAUCACUGAGGUGUGUGGGUCCCCAUGUCAUCAUGAUCAGGUGACCUGUGGCAGUGGCUGCUGUCUGGACCAAAGUCUGGAGUGUGAUGGCAAACCGCAGUGCAAAGACGGAGCCGACGAACGCAUCUGCAGCACACUGAAUCAAACCUUCACAGAACUCCUCAACAUUGACGUCAACCAGAAGAGAGCUCGUUGCACUGAGCCCCCCCUCACUGGUCCGUGUCGGGCGAGCCACAGCCGCUGGUACUACGACCCGCUGAACACCAGGUGCCACCGCUUCACCUAUGGAGGCUGUCACGGCAACGACAACAAGUUCCUGGAUGAAGAGGCCUGCAGCACAACCUGCCACGGUGUCACCGAGAACCAUGUGUUCGCCAGAGGCACGUUUGAGCGUUUUGAAGAAGACGAGGAAGACGACAGCAACUCAGGUUCCAUCGCCUUGGCGGUUGUUCUGGCGGUGGCCAUCUUGGCCCUGCUGUCCAUCCUGGCAUACUGCUUCCUGAAAUCCAGGCGGGAGCGCUCACAGCGCCCGUCAGCUACAGGCCCCGCCCACGUUGCCCUGGCAGAGCAGGACACGCUCGUGUACAAGAGCACCACCAAACCCGUGUGACGCCGCUGCUCAGAUCAUCACUUCCUGUCAUUUCCUGUCUUUCAUAUUUUUGUAUUUAUUUUGUGUUAGCUUGCAGUCGGAGAUGCUAACUAACGAUUUGUAGGUGUGGCUUUGAUUCCCGCUUGGCCUUGGAUGUGGAUCAUCUCAGUCCCCCAGCCGUAAACUGGUUCCUGGCUUGGCUGGGUGAGAAAUCUGCAAUGGACUGGGAUUACCUCCAGGGGGAGUCGUAGACUUGAAUCCAGGUCCCAGAGUAAGAACGGGCGCCAGCGGGCCUCGGGCCUGGACUGGACUGGACUCAGUUCUUCUGUAAACAGUAAAAUAACAGUUUGGUCUCAGGUGGAAACGGUUGUAUUUUUAUUCAUGAAGUGCAUAUUUGUGGCAUUUUGAUUUUGUUUAUUUUGAAAUGGACACGUGACAGCACUGUAAAUAUGAAGGUUUUUAUUGUGAAAAUCUCAGGGUUUUGAUCAGGUUUCUGCUGUUAAAUUAUAAAGUGCAAACCGUUUUGA